GGAGCAGCCCAGCCCCUCUCUCUCCUCUCUCUCUCCCUGCCUCUGCAAAGGGCGCGAAUGGGCAGAGCAGAACUUCCAGAAGGGAAGAUGAGCACCCGGAAUCGCUCACAGCUGUGGAGCAGGUCGGAUGGAGGAGAAGCUGAGCUGCUGGAGGACCUGGGGUGGUAUCAUGGCAACCUCACACGCCACGCAGCUGAGGCUCUCCUGCUCUCAAAUGGAUGUGACGGCAGCUACCUUCUGAGGGACAGCAAUGACACGACGAGGCUGUACUCUCUCUCUGUGAGAGCCAAAGACUCUGUCAAACACUUUCAUGUUGAAUAUACUGGAUAUUCAUUUAAAUUUGGCUUUAAUGAAUUCUCAUCUUUGAAGGAUUUUGUCAAUCAUUUUGCAAAUCAGCCUUUGAUUGGAAGUGAGACAGGCACUCUGAUUGUUCUGAAACAUCCCUAUCCAAGAAAAGUGGAAGAACCUUCCAUUUAUGAAUCUGUCCGGGUUCACACAGCAAUGCAGACAGGAAAAACAGAAGAUGACCUCGUGCCCACUGCGCCUUCUCUGGGCACCAAAGAAGGCUACCUCACCAAGCAAGGGGGCCUGGUCAAGACCUGGAAAACAAGAUGGUUCACUUUGCACAGAAAUGAACUGAAAUACUUCAAAGACCAGAUGUCUCCAGAACCAAUUCGGAUCCUGGACCUAACGGAAUGUUCAGCUGUACAAUUUGAUUAUUCACAGGAAAAAGUAAACUGUUUUUGCUUAGUAUUUCCAUUCAGGACAUUUUAUCUCUGCGCAAAGACAGGAGUAGAAGCUGAUGAGUGGAUCAAGAUAUUACGCUGGAAAUUGUCACAAAUAAGAAAACAGCUCAGCCAAAGGGAAGGAACAAUCCGAUCUCAGUCGUUCAUCUUUAAAUAGCUCUUUCUUACCGAGUGAAGCCCUGGCCCAGGAGUAUGGUGGAACGCUUGCUGAUGCUGGGAUCCGUAGCAGGCUUCGCACGGAAGCUGACUAAGGAACUUUCUCUAAAAACAAGUCAAAGGCAGAUGCUGAUUGGGACCCAUGUGCCACAUUUGCUGAGUCAUGGAAAACUGCAGCUCUUUUAAGAUGUUGCUGUCUCCUUGAGAAUACCAAAGCAGAUGUUGUAUAGAAACUGAUUAAACCACCACUCCAAGGUCUGCUCACUCUUAGGACACACAAUGGAAGAUGAAGGGCUUUUGUUUUCAUUCUCUCUGGUCCCCAACCCUGUUGACAUUAGGGGACCCACAGUUGACCAGAGUUCCACUCUGAGUCAGGGUCAGCCUGUGUGACACCAGGUUGUGCUACUCAUCAAGGAGGAAAGAGUUGUAUACUUGAGGCUUCAACGUCUUUAGAAGUCACAUUGAGAUAGCAAACAUUUUGGGGGGACACAUUUUUUUCUUCUUUCCCCCCUUCAUACAAAAAA